GCUCGGCCAUAAUGUCCAGUCAACCGCGCACCCAGUCAACAAGUCCUAUGGACGCAAAUGGUGUAGUACGUUGCUCACAUGGCGAAACUGCCAUGCGAAAGACUAGUCAAACGCCCUCUAAUCCUAACCGUGAGUUCUACACUUGCUCGAGAUCAAACCAGAGCGAAAGGUGUAAAUUCUUUUAUUGGGCAGAUGACCCUAUUUUUUUCCGCCAACAAAAUACAUCUGCCAUACCUUCCCCUCCACCUGCACCGUCGGUCCCACCUCCUUCUCAGAGGCAGAGAGCUGCAUCAUUUCGAGCACUCAGCACACCUCAGAAAAGUCCGAGGAAGAGCCCCCAGCAAAAUGCAGUUGCUACGACUGACCCUACGCGCUCAUUUCUUUUCGGAUCUCAAUCCUCUCAGGCCUCGACGAUUGGGGAUUGGGAAGAGAUAUCGCCAGUAGUCGACCCAGAACAAAGUGGUUCAUCUGGAAGUACGGACCAGAGUCUUGGAGUUCUGGACCCGAGGACACCAAAAAAGCCAAGAAUUACUUCCAUGGAGCAGCCAUCGAACGUUCAACCAAUUUCUUUACCAUUGACUCCACCUCAGACCAUCCGCCUCCGCCGCCAUGCUGACACCAGUUUUGGCCAGGGCACAUUCCAACCAGAUUUCCCAUCUACUCCAACCAGGAACAAAGGCAAGGAACGGGAAUAUAGUGGCGGGGAGCAAACGACAUCAGGUGCAAAUGCUCCCGUCCCCGGUCCCUCUGAGACUGGAAGUAACACAAUGGAAUCUGCCUCCAACGCCCCCGCACGUCCCUCUAGCACCCUCGGACGUACUUCUUCAAACCCUUUUAUCGAUCACCGAACCACUGGCGAGAUCAUGGCUUCCCAUAUAGAGUCAUUGAUCGCCUUAGAAUCGCCGUCCUAUGUUCGCAAAAUGGAGAGGAAGGUUAAUGCGCUGGAUCUAAGUAACAAAGCCAAGGCGAAGUAUCUUGAAGACCUAAAGGCUGCGAAAGCCGACGCGGAGAGUGAGAAUGCGCGGUUGAUAGAAGAGAAUGCGGGUCUGGAUAGGGAAAACGCGCAAUUGAGGCAAGCGAUUGCGGACUUGCAAGCGAGAUUGCGACAGUAGGAAAUUUACACAAGACUGCUCGCCUUCAUGUCACGCUCAACGUUUUUCCAGAUCUGAGCACAGCAGCCGCGUCAAAGAUAUCGAAAUCGCGGCUAUCAAGACCCGUCGUCCUCGAAAUAUGUGAUUAUGAUUCUUUAGGAAUGGUUGGCUUCUUGGUUAUUUUGGCGCGUAGUGGCGGUAAGGAGUUACUACUGCAGGGCCAUGUUCCCAGCAUCUUUGCAUUCGGUCAAAGUUAACGUUCAAGGGCAAUUUCACAUGAGGUUCUAGGUAAUAUACAUUGUGUACGGCCUCAAUCAAUCUGGGAUCCAUAGUUAUUCUUCAUCAAUAUUUAUGUCUAGGCACAUUUUCGUUCUCACCAAUUGACUAUUGCUGCU